UUCAGUGGGAGAAAGAAGAGUGGGAUACACCAACGCUGGGGGAAGGCACGUGAAAAGUGGAUGCUAAACUAUGCAGGAGUUAACAGUGUGAUGUAACCGCAUGUGUAGAAGCAUGAUGUCACAGACUGGGAAAAAUUAGAAACACUUGUCACUUACAUAAUGCUUUUCAGGUGAUGAGCUCAAUGCAUUUUACAAAAGAAGGAGCAUCACCUCUCCCUCAUCAUCUCAGCAGAAACUGAGUCAGAGAGAGGUUAAGGGACCGGUCUAAGACUACAUAGUAAUAUUGGUGGCAGAGCCAGACAUAGAAUCCAGGUCUCUUGGCUCCCAGUCUGGUAUCCUACCCCCUGGAUCACACGCAGGUCUUGUGCAACUGCAUCUGGAAUAUCACAUUCAGUUCUGGGUGCUACAAUCCUAGAAAAAUAUUGACACAUUGGUAGGAGUUCAGAAAAGAACAACAAAACUAAUUGGGGGGCCAGGAAAGAUUGCAAGAGUGAAAGAUGUGACUUGAUUAAGUGGUGAUUAAAGGAUUGGGGAGAGACAUGAUGAUGUACAGAUAUUUAAAGGGUUAAAACAUGAGGGUGGAAUGGAAUUUAGUUUGAUACUCAGGGAUAUAACUAGGAGUAAUGAAAUUAAGAGGUGGGGUGGGGGGACGUAUUCUGAAUCCAAGCAAAGGUUCCUAACAGUGGGAUGUGUCAGGCUGUGGAAUAUUCUCCCUGAGUAAAAGCAGAAAUACCAUUGCUUGGGAUAUUUAAAACUAGAGUGACAAGACACUAGCAAAUACAGUGUGAGAAACAAACACAGCUGGAUUCUGGGGAACCGGGGGGAGGAGGGCGCCGUGGGCCGGAUGAAAUUAACCAAUGGGCCCGAUCCGGCCUGCGGGCUGUAGGUUACCCACCCCUGACCUAACAGUAUCUACACAGGGGCUUAGGUUGGCUUAACUACAUGGCACAGAGUGUGACAUUUUUCACAGCCCUGAGCGAUGGAGUUAAGCUGUCCCAACUUCAGUGUAGACCAGGCCUGCGAGGGAAAAAGAGGGUGAAGCAACCAGACUCUCUGUACAGGGCAGAGUAAGUCAGAAUAGUCAAUGGUUUUGACAGGAAUGUCCAAAUGUCCCUGCUUUGGCUGCUUCUCCGGCUGGCUCCUGAGUCCUCUCUGCAACCCACAUGGUUGGGGGAGGGCAGGCAUUGCUUGGGUCUUAGGGCCCCCCGAGAGAGAGAGAGAGUGGGGGCGGCAAGGAGGGGUUUGUCUCUGCUGCACAGUUCUGGGUGUAGGGGAGUGCCAGGACAAGGGUGGGCUGGGCUCUGUUUUCUCCAGUCUCUGUUUUGGCUGCUUCUGGUCCUACCAGGUUGAGUAUCUGGCUGGCUCUUAGCUGUUCGGGAGAAGUAAUCACAGCUCACCACUGGCAUAGCCACUGUAAACCGUUUAUGGCUGGAACAGACAAACUUACAAAGAUAGCAACCCUGAGGCUGCCUGAGAAUCCUGAAUCUGCAGACAGAGGUGACAUCACUGUAGAAGAGGAUCCUAACAGCGAACUAAUGAAUGUGGACAUAUGUAUCCAUGCGUGGCCCUGUUCCUAUUACUUAAACACUGAGAAACGAUGGGUCUCUGGCAGACUCUCACUGACUCCUAUUGUGGUCAGGUUUACAGCUGACAAGACUGGAGAGCUUCUGGUCAGCUUCCAUCUUUCCAGCAUCAGUGAGAUCAAGAAGGAGUCCUCCAGUUUAAUAUUCAGCUCCCUCACAAUUCUGGAGAAGGAAAACACCAAGCACUGGUUCAGUUCCCUCCAGCCCAACAGAAAUGUGGUCUUCAACAUCCUGGAGCACUUCUGGAGGGAGCAGCUGCUGUCGUGUCCAGGGGCUGGAGCUCAGGCAGAUUCUCUGCACACGACGAAAGGGAAAGAACUGACUGGUUUACUGUCUGCAUCCCAGAAACGUAUGGAGGAUACAACAAAGGUGCUCCACUAUCAGGGUGAACAGUUUGAUAACAUCAUGAAAGGACUGAACAAGAUUGACUCUGAAAUGGAUGUAACAGACAGGUUGUUGACGGAACUUGAAUCGCCUUCUUGGUGGCCAUUCCGUGGCAAACUCUGGAAAGGGCCAUUGGAAGCAAAGCCAAAGGAAGAAGCCGCGAUUUCAGGGUCAAAGAACCAGGAAGGAGUCCUAAUCAGAAUUCCAGUUAUCAUCACCCUCGGAACGAAUUCUAACGUCAUGCCAGGAAAAUUCACGCUUCUGGUUUCUGGCCUGGAAAUCAGUGACUGCAAUUCUCAGGUCAUUCACCGGUUUGAAUUGAAAGAUGUAGAUGAUAUCAAAGUUCAUACACCAUACGAGAUCAGCAUCCGUCAGAGGUUUAUUGGGAAGCCAGACACCUCUUACAAGCUGUUGUCAGCAAAGAUGCCAGAAGCAAUCCCAAUCUUGGAGAUGCAGUUUAGCAAGAAAAUACAGUUUUUGGAAGAUGCAUUGGGAUUUGCCGGUGCAAGGAAAUCUCCUCAGGCAGAUCUGGGCAAUUCCAUUUGGCAAGCAGCCACAGGGCGCAUAGUAAGCGUGGUGCAACCUGGAUCCUCAUCGGAAGGAGGCGGAGGUGGAGGUGGAGGUGGGCAGGCUCAGCUGCAAAAGCAAAAACAAAUCAUGUCUGAGUCAGAAACUCAAGAACUUAAACAGAUACUGAAGAAGCUUAAGAGUCUCGCCAUAGAAACAGACACAGAACUGGAGAGACAGGAUGAAGUUCUUGAUGUCAUCUCCACCUCUGUAGACCAGACAACUUUGAAUAUUGACAAGCAGAACCGCAGAAUGAAGAAGCUAACAUAGCACCCAUACGAGCCAGCGAGGAUGGUAACGAGAGGAACUGUGCAAUUGUUUCUUUAACAGACUAUUUAUAGCCUUUUUGAUUGUACAGGAGCCAUAUCUAAUACUGUCUUGAAUGUUGCUGUGGAACUUUGACGGGGAGUAAGGGGGAAGGAAUGUGGAAACAUUUCCAGACUGGGAUAACUUUUAAAGGCAUUUUAAAAUUAAAAAGGCCUAAACUGUUAAUUGUGGGGAAACAAUGACUGAAAUCCCUGCUACAAAAGAUCCUUAAAUGUAAAAUACCGUGACUUCAUCUGAGUUGACAUCCAUGACACGUGCUAAGUUACUGCUUUUGAAAAGUAACUUUUCUGUAACAAAUAAGUGAAGAUGAGGGGGUAAUGAAUUGUCUUUAUACCAGAUAAUUAUACCCCAAAAUUCUUGCCAGUUCUCUCCAAAAAUGGUGGUAGAGUAGAAGUUGGCCAAUUCACACUAAGCACCAGGCGUCCCACUACAAGUUGCUGAAUUUUACAAAUCAGUGAUUGAGUGAACAGGCCUAAUUGUUAACGAUAAAAGAACUUUGUUCACUUAUUGUACAAAUGUAGUUUUAAGAUUCCUAGCACAGUGUACUAGUAAAGCUUUUAUGUAAUGAAGUCUGAGUGCUACAAGAGCUUGCCACAGCUUUCGGCUAUGAAAUCUUUGGCAAGCAAGUGGAGACAGACGACAUGUCUGUGAAUUAGUGAGAUUUGCACUCGGCGAGGAGUGCAGUUGAGUGUUGCCACAGGCUAAGUGUCCUGCUACCUAAGUCGCUUACUGAAAAUAAGUGUUGAAGCAGAGCGGAGACUUUCAUUUUCCAAAAGGGAAUUCUUGAUCCUUUGAUGUUCAAUUACAGCUGCUUUGUCUUUUAUACUGAAUGACCAGUGGUAGAAAUAAAAGUACAGUAGAGGAUUAGUUGUUCACUGUACUAUCAUUAAAAUGAUUUGAAGCACACGAGUCUGUUCUGAAAGCACGUGGAGUCCCUUGUAUACAUAAAGAGCCUCACUUAUGUAUAAAGAGAUUUUUGGAAUAAGAUGCUCUCUGGUUGGCUGAAGUCCUUACAAGGUUUUAGCUCUUCAGAAAUCUGACGAUGGCUUGGCACAGAUUCUCCAUGGUAUGACAGAGAUCAUUUCCAUAACCCUUCCUGGAUGCUGGGAGGCUCAGCUCCAUAAAUGGCUUAGCAUUCCUUCAUUUUCCAAGGAAUACACUUGUGAUUGGUGUUCCCUCCGCACUGCUCAGAUACAGACUCCAUCAGAGCUACAUGGGGACCACAUAAACCCUGGUAGCUCUACUAUGGCUUGAGUGUCUCCUGAUCAGUGCUAUAAAUGCUUUGUGCGCCUCUUGGUAUUAAUGGAAACUAACAUGAUGGACAGCCCUCCCGCUUCCAGUUAUUUAAAAGAAAAAUAAUGAGAUGUGUGGGGACAAGACUUCUUGUCAAAGCCAGUCUUACACGGUUACUUCAUUGCCUUUCAAAAAUAAAAGGGAGUGGCUGCAAAAAAUGUACCUAAACUAUAUUAUUGUUUUGUUAUCAUUGAUUUUAGUCAUAGUUCACAAUCUAGAUGUAACUUACAUCAGUUAAACACGCUUUAGUGUAUACUUUUCUCUCCUACCCUAAAAGCCAUUGCCGAGAAUAGGUUCCAGAUAGCCUGUAUGUAGCCCGUAGCAGAGAACUGGAAGAGGAUUCAUUUCUGCUUACCACUACCCUUUUCAUUUUCUCUACUACAGCCCACUAGUUACUUUGCUUUAAAGAAAAUUGUUGUAGCCUUAUCAUUUCAAAGUGUUUUAUAAUAAGCUGAUAGUGAAUUGUCAGCAUGUAACUUUACAGAUAAAAUCUUUUUAAAUGCUGAAGUUUUGAACCGGGGACCCCUCUGAUAACUGCCAUGGGAUUGUUCCAUUUCAGAGUAAUGUGGACUAAAAUUGAAGCCGUAUAUGGGAAAUGACCUAGAGAUAAUAGUAUUGAAAACAAUAUAGUGCACAUCUCUCCAAUGUAAUAGCUGGUUAAUUUUUGAGUGACUUGUAUUUUUGCACUGCAAGUCACUUAUUCACUAUCUGAGUUGUUACUGGCAUGCAUUGGUGUCUUGUUCAGUAUUUCUGAAUGUAGUAAUGUUUAGACUAUAUGAAAUAUAUACAUAAAGAAUGUAUCACACAGUAAAUCAGCACAUCCAUUUUAGUUUGAAAUAUCCCAAGUAACUGUUGUCUUAAUGUGAUGAGAAAACAUGUUUACAAGACGAUUUAUUUUAUGAAACUUGUUUAGAAAUACACUUUGCACAAAAUGCACAUUUUGGUGUGAAGAAAUUUGGACCUGGUGCUGAUUUAGAACUGAUUCCUAAGAUUGAUUAAUCCAACUACGAUUGCCAAAAACAAAUAACAUUUGCACUUAACUGGAUGGAGUUUACCAUUCUUUUUGUCAUAACUUACUGCGAUGCUUUAGCAUUUAAUUCACUACUGUUUGUAUGUGUUAGUUUACCUUGGUCUAACAUGUUCAUGCCAAAAAAACCACCCUAGUAUUAUAAGAGUAAAAAGUUUUAGAUCUGUACAUUUUCUGUCUAGCUGAAUUCCAUCUGCCAGGAAUUCACUUUGAUUCUGUAACUUGUUCUUUACUUUUAUUAAAAUAAUAUCUUGAAA